AUGACGACUCAAGCAUCGUCGACGGUCCACGUCCCGCGCGUGGCGAUCAGAUUCUGCACGCAAUGCAAAUGGAACUUGAGGGCCGCUUAUUACGCCCAAGAACUUCUUCAAACCUUCGGCACCGGUAUUGGCGAGGUGGCGCUGAUCCCCGCGACGGGCGGUAUCUUCACCGUCAUCAUGACCCAUGCUGUGUCUCAGUCUGCUGGUCCGUCGGGCAUCGAGGCCGAGGCCGGCUCCAAGCCCGUCACGGUCACGGAGACAGUGCUCUGGGACCGCAAAGUGGAUGGUGGGUUUCCCGAGACGAAGGAGUUGAAGAACCGAGUCCGAAAUAUCGUCGAUCCGGACAGGGACCUCGGCCACAUCGACCGGAGUCUCAAAAAGAAGGAUCAGGGGGUGGAUGGCGAGCCGCGAACCAAGGCACAACAGCAGCCCGACAUUGUGCACCAGCCCACUGGACAGUCUGGCAAGCAAGAAGAAACCAAAGACUGCGAAGACUGCAAAUGA